UAGGUUCACACCUGUUUAGGUCAGCUCACAGACCCACAUACCCGACUGUUGACUGACUAUGUUGUUGCCUGUUCUGAUUGCUCUGGUAGCUGCUGUUCAAGGAGUACCUUGCCCUUCGCUUCAUCGUCUUGCAUAUAUUCGAAGCAACUAUACGUUACUGCCACAUUGUAAUGUUCUGGGAAGCAACAACGUGUUGAGAGAACACGCCGCACUCAUUGACACACAGUGCAAUUUGUCUACAUGUUGUGUGAUUGUUAGUCACACUGUGGUUGCUUGUGAUGUUGAGUUGUCUGUGGAAACAAAGCUUAGAGUUGAUUGUCUGUGUGCGAAAAAGAAUAAGGAAAAGUGCAAGAAAAAAGUUCUUCGUAUCUAUGGCAAUCUGGGAGAUGAGACCAUUCCAUUGAAUCUUACAAUCCAAUGUGCAACAGCUUACAAGGGAAAACCACGCCUAGAGCUCCAACAUUCUAGUGUUGAUGUUACAAAUGCAAUGUGUGGAUCAGAUCUUAAUGACCAUUCUAACACCAAACAGCCACAACGCACAACUGAUCCAAUAGAUGCACCACCUGCACCCAAAGAAACAACUACAUCCCCCAUAAUUUGCCAAGAAAAAGAACACAAACUUGCACCUCAAGAGGAGACAACAUCUACUCCUACCACUCAACCCGAAGUGAGUGAACCUCAUGUUGAAAUGGUACAACAACACAAACAAUUCAAGUUACAAUCAGACUUCACAACAUUCUGCGGUGCUAAUGUCACCAAGAAGUACUUGCUGUUUGUAUUCAAUAACGCAUCAGCACCACAAUCUUCAGACACAAUCAACAGUGAAUGUUCUUCACCUAUUGCUGUGGAGACAGGAGAGUGUAGUGCAAAUUGCCCAACAGCUAUGAAUAUCUGUGAUAUUCAAAUAAGCACUGCAAAGUUUGUAGCCAUCAAGUUCAAGUGUGGUUGUGUUCGAUUAAUGGAAAAUGGAACAAGUGCAGAGGGAAGAGUUGUGGAAAUUGAUCCCACACUAAUUCAAUUAGUCGAAUUCCUUAUAACUCUUCCUGAAGUCAAAGAAAUGGUCAAGAUACCAGAUCUUUGGCCUGUGCUGCUUGAUGCACUCAAAAGUGAUUUCAGUACAGCUGCUCAAAUGUUAAAAGAUGAAAAAAAAUUUCAACAAAUUAUUGCCAAAAUUCCAUUGAACAUUUUCUGGUCACUUCUGCUUGCAGGGUAAACUGUUAAGACAUUUGACAUUCAGUAUAAAAUCUGAUUCGUUAUUAGUGUUGUUGAAGUACAACCGUUGAUAGUAAAGCCUCAAAAGGCUGCAGUCAAUGGUAAUUAACUGUCGGCUUUUAGUUAGACUUGGAAGUGUUAGAAAGUGCAUUCAUUAUGUGGUAGUUAGGGUUGAUUGUUGUAUUUUAGGACUCUGUGUGCAGUUGUGUUGUAUGAUGCAUGCCUAGAGUCUCUGCCAUUCUGUAGGCUUACUGCAUGCAUAUCUUCAUACUAAUUCAUAAUUAAAUUUUUGAACCUGGAUGGAAUGCAUUUAUGGUGAGAUACUGUGCAAUAGCUGAUAUGAAACUAAUCAGACUCUUACACUGAAAGAUAUAAAAGUUAAGGGGAUCUGUUGCCUUUCAACACCUUGUUAUGCAUAUGCAC